GCUGGUCCUGGCAGAAGGCGAAAUGGGGGUGAGGGCGGGUGGCCUAAGGCGCGUAGCUGUCAACUUUUCCCUUUUCUUGCGAGGAAUCCUAUUCGGAAUAAGGGAAUUUCCCUUAAAAAAAAAAUGGAAACGUUGACAGCUAUUCUCAGGAGCCUGUAUUAAAGCAAAAUGAUGGCAUAAAUUUACUUAGGUCAUUUGUUCUAUAUACGAUAUUAUGUGCUGGAAUGAACCAGCUGCAAGCGACAGCAGAGCCUUUGAGCAUGUGCAGAGUGGUUUUGUUUUGGUUUUGCCCUCAUGAAGACAUCCAUCAGGAAGCCACGCUGGUCCCUCGACAAUCCAUGGGAUGGAAGCCCUUCUUGCAGUGCGGAGAUAAGAUUUGCAUCUGACAUGGAAUUUGAUGGAGUAGAAAGACGUUGGAGGCGUUUCUAAAAAGCUUUUUUUUUUUUCAAAAUGAGGGUUUUCGUCGCUUUUGAAGGACUCUGGGAAUCCUUCGACAUUUCAUCAGAGAACACAGUGAAAGAUCUAAAACUGAUGAUAAAGGAUUAUUUUCACGUUCCUCUCUCGGAAGAUAAGCAAGGCAGGCGGUAUUUGGAGCUAAUUUAUGCAGGAGCAGUGUUAAAGGACAGCUGGAUACUUGCUGAUGUGGGCAUAUCAGUUUCUUCGACCAUCAAAUGUGUUGUUAAGGAAGAAGAUAAGCCUGUUUUCUAUGUUUACAAUGCUGUCACCCGUGAAAAAGUGCCCAUCAUGGGGAAGAUUUAUCUCCUGGGGUUAAAGGUUUCCCAGCUCAAAAGCCUGGUAACCCUGAAGUGCGGCUUUCCAAACAGCAUUUAUUGUCUCAGGACGCCAGAGGGCAGAGAGAUGUACGACUGCAAUACCUUGAGUGAUUAUCAGUUAGAUAUAGGCACAACUCUUCACCUGGAUGUUUGGGAUGGGUGGAAAGAAUUGCUGACUGGAUGUCUCUUAGGAAACAAGCCCAAGGUCCAGCGCUAUCUUUCAAAGGAAGAACCAGUGCUCAGAUAUCAAAAGAGGGUAGCUCUUUAUAUGGCAGCCUUUUUCGGACACCUUCAGCUUUUGGCGUGGCUCCUGAAACAGGGUGUGAAACCCACUGAACCAGUUGGCAUACAUCCCUAUCGAGAGUGGUGUCAUGAAAGCAGCCAGCCGGAUGUCACCAGUUGUCCAGUUCAUGCAGCUGCGGAAGCAGGCCAGCUCAUGGUUCUGAAAGCUUUUGUCAAUUACAGUGUCUUAUGCCUUGAAUGCCAGAACUCUGCAGGACAAACUCCCUUGCAGCUAUGUAUCCAACACAGACACAAGAACUGUGUGCUGUAUUUAGUCACCAAGAUGUGGUCAGUGGUUUCUUACCCUAAUUCCUCCCUUCCCAUGAAAAUCUACAUCAAGUUAAAACUGUGGCUGCUUAAGGCUCAAAAUAACAUCUGUACGAAGAAGCGGCGCAAGCAGACAUCAGUCUUCAGGACUAGGGUUGGGGACAUUGUCCUUGUGGAUGGUUUCACAGAGCCCAAAAUGACUUCCAAAAGUUUUUAUUCGGCCACAGUCAAGGGCACAGGCCGCAGAGGCUAUGAACUACCAAACAUAAACUCUCAGUUCCAGCACGGGCAGGGUGACUGGUGCUUGACGAUUUCAAAGGGGUACCUAGGGACAAAUGUCAAAUUGCCUCUGGUAGCAGAUGCAUACAACAAUGCUAAUACGGGCAGACUGACACAGAAAAAUAACGCCAGGAGGAAGAUUCUGCACAUUAGCGGUGAAGAAAAUAUGGACCAAAAUAUGUGUUUAGCAAGAGUUCCUCUACCCGCUGUCUCUGUUGUCAAGCCUGUUUCUCGUUAUUCCAUCUCCAAUGCAAAAAUUCUGCUCAAUUCUUCUGUCAAGUCUUUUUCAGAACACAGUGGAAGAUCACCGAGGGAGAAUGCAAUCUACUGCUUAGCCAUAGCCAGUGCAUUUAAAGAGAAACCUUGGCUCGAACAACUUGGCAUUGCAAGAACCCUGGCUAAAAAAAGCAUAUACAAACCUGUGUGCUUACCAGCCUCCAUUUGAAACGAGCAUUUGCUGGAGAUGAUCCAUCUUGAAACGUUGUGUUCGGAGAUCCUGACACAUUUGCUGAUAAUUUUAAGCUAUAUUUCCCACCCCACCAAUUACAUACAAAGAGGAUUACAUCAUGGAAUAUUAAUAAGACAUAUAUAUUCAAAAUGUAAUAUAUAAUUUGUGACUGUACAUUUUUGGCUCUUAGUGUCAGGCACUGUAAAUUGACAGGCCUUGUAAGUAGUCAGCAUGCUACUUUACAUAAAUUUCAUCUGAGGGGAGUAGAUUGAGAGGGGAUCAUUUUUGAAGGCUAGUAAGUUGGAACUGACAACUGAACUUUCCCCCCCUG